GGGAGCUCACUCCAUUACUUCAAAUGUGGCCCAUAGAUCAAUGUCUGUCACUUGACAUGAACCUGUCAGCACUGUCUAGGCCAACAAUAUGAGUGCACAGGUGUAGGAACAGUGACACGGAUAGACGUCUUCACUACAUAUUGCAAGAUAUUUUUCCUGUAUCAAAGAUGGCAAACAAAGUCUUGAACUGUAGAUUUCCCAGACCAACAGCCUCCUGUCAGCUGUUCUGUUUCCCCUGGGCAGGCGGAGGAUCCAACUUCUAUGCAAACUGGGGAAACAUGCUCCCAGAGUCUAUUGAAGUGACUGGCCUUACACUGCCAGGACGAGAAGGAAGAUUUAAGGAACCUUGCUGUCACUCUCUGGACACAGUGCAAAAGGAAAUCAUUUCAGCCCUUAUACCAAAGUGUAAGGAGCGGCCCUUUGCUUUUUGGGGACACAGUCUUGGAGCAAUGAUGUGUUUUGAAGUAGCAAGAAUUCUGAAGAGCGAGUACAACCUUGAGCCAGAGCGCUUGUUUGUGUCUGGAGUCUCUGCUCCCCAUUCAGAAGAAAGAAAAAAGAAUAAAGUGUAUGUGAGAAAUCUCAAUGAUGCAGAAUUCAAAGAUUUUCUCAGGAAACUGGGUGGAACUCCAGAUGAAAUUCUGAAAAGCGAGGAGCUCAUGGCUCUGUUUCUACCUCCCUUGAGAGCAGACUACGAACUAGUAGACCAAUUUGACUAUGACCUUGUUGGAGAUAAACCUCUGACCUGCCCAAUAGAUAUAACAGAUGGAGAGUAUGAUAUCAAGCACAACCUAAAAGCUUGGGCAGAUUUGACCAAAGGAAAAGUGACCACUAAAAUGUUACCCGGAGGUCAUUUUUACCUGAAAGAGAAGGAGAACAUGAUGAGGAUUCUGGAAAAUAUAUCAUCGUACUACUUUGAAUAGCAUAGGCAUUAUAUACUUAUACUUAUGGAAGUGUAACACUGGGUAUGGCUGGUAUAAAAGGAUGUAUUGACAAGUUUGACAUGCAUAUUGAAAAUGUAAAAUAUGUUGAAGGUUGUACAUGUAAAAUUGUUAUUACUGUAUAAGGGUUUAAAUGUUAAUUAACAUUGGGUCGUACAUUUAGAAUGGACAUGGCGGGUAUGACACGUUGGAAAUGCUUACUGAAUAUGGCUGGAAUUACGGGCUUACUUGCAUAUUGGACAUGACAUUAUGUCGGAGGCUGUACAAUUUAUGUGACUGUAUAAUAAUAGGUUCUACAUGCUUACUGAACAUCACUAGUGUGGCAGGUUGUACAUUUAGAUAUUACCGGUAUGAUAGGUUGUUCGCGUAUACUGGGAAAGUCUUGUAUGAUAGAUGUUUAUUUUGGAAUUGACCAGAAUGAUUGGUUGUAUUUAUUGACCACAGUGAGCAUUGCUAAAGCUUCCAAUUCUCAUUAAUAAAUAUUUUUCAUCAAUUUGA